AAAUGAUUUGAUUGAACUGCGUAGUGUUGGGUAUGCCGCAGGUCGACGGAGCAAGACCAAAGAUUUUUGCCCUUUUUAUCCUAAAAAAGCAAGACAGUCUGAAGCCAUUCACAUUCCAAUUUGUUGUACAAUUGCGUUUUGGAUAACGUAGGGUAUAAACUGGCUGACUCUACUGAAAUACAGCAACAAAGGGCGCACAAUUCGCCAGCCAUUAGAGGAAAAACAAACCCCAAACCAUUGAAUGUAUCCCUGCGCUGUAAUGAAAAGGCAACUUUGAUUUGGGAUGGCGUCGAUUGUGUCACUCAACGAAAGUCGCGAAUGGCGACUCGACUCCACCAACAAAUCCAGUCCGGACAAUCCGCCUCCCGCCUCCCGCAGCUAGGCGAAGGCUAAGCUAGCUAGGCUAGCUGAAAACUCCUCUAAGGUUCCGUCAUCCGCUCCCCGCUUUUCUCCACCGGUGUUCAUGUUGUUCUUCACGGCAGGGGACAUUUCGCUUGUAAACACGCACAUAUCGUACAAGAGCGUCGAUUUGUUUGGCAAAAUCGCGUGACGAUUGCGUUUACUUUGAGGCACCGACUGGUUCCCUGUUAGCCGCUCAGCUAGCAGCAGCCGCCGCGCAGCCAAAAUGGCGGACAACGAGGAUGAGAGCGGGUCGGGGAGAACAAUAACAGCCACCGAACCUUCGCCAUCCCCGGCCCAGAACCACGCCGCGGACUCCUCGCAGCCAGAGGACCCUACUCCGUCGGAGCCGGCCGUCCCCGCCACCGAGGCGGCCGAGUCCGCGCCAGACGCGACCCCGGGGCGGCCCGGGGAAAGCGCGACCGCGGUGUCCGUCGAACAGAGCGAGGACACCGGGGAGCAGCCCCAGGCGGUGUCCGCCGAGACUCAGCUGGUGGACUUUUUACAGACGGAACAAAGCAUUCUGGUGGGCACCGAGUUCUCGAGCUUGGGCGCGGACAUGAGCAACACCACCAUCAUCUACGUGCAACCGGACGGCAGCCUGAUGGAGGGCUCCGGGCUGACCCCCGAGGAGCAACAGGCUCUGCUGGAGCAGCUGAGCAAGCAGCAAGUGGUCCAGGUGUCGGACAGCGAGGCGGCCCAGCUGCUCCAGCACAGCCAGGCCGUCAAAAGCAGCCCCGUCCACAGUGCGGCUCUUAACCCCACUCAACUGCAGCAAGUCAUCAGCCAGGUGAGCAACAAGUCCCAACAACAACAGCAGCAGCAGGUCCAGACCCCGCUGCAGCCGGCCAAACAAGUAGUCCAGGUCCAGACCCCGCUGCAGCCGGCCAAACAAGUAGUCCAGGUCCAAACCCCGCAGCAGGCGACCAAACAAAUGGUUCAGAUCCACACUGCGGCCAAGCAGUUGAUCCAGGUCAACAGCCCGCAGCAGGCGGUGAAGCAGCUAGUCCAGGUCCAGACCCCGCAGCAAUCCGUCAAACAGCUGGUCCAAGUCCAGAACGCCUCACAACAGCUGAAGACUGUUGCCCAGCAGGUUGCUCUGCAGACCAGCGCCGGCGCAGUCCACCUGACCCAUUCCAAGACGGAACCGGUCAGGAUCCAGAUUCAGGCUCCUCCCAAACAGGAAGUGAAGCUUUGCCCCGCCCCCCAGCAGCACAACAAUCAGACUGUGACCCAACCACAGGUGACGCUGUCCACCAACGGCAGCACUCAGAUCAUUCACAUCCAGCCUAUGGUGGCCCAGCAGGGCCAGCAGUUGUUCUUACAGCAGAACUUGGGUGACGCCCCCAUCCAGCUGCUCCUCCAGAGCCCCGCCCCCGUGGUCGGCUCUCUGCUUCCAUUGGUCCACAAGCUGCCAGGCGCCGCGUCCGCCCCCGUCGCCAUCGCCUCCACCGCCGGCAAGACGCCCCCCACUCAGACCGUUACCCCCGCUGUUAAAGCGGCAAGCGUGUCGCUCUUCAAGACCCCCGCCAACGGCACCACAUCACCCCCGGGCAAGACUCCGGUCCGACCGGUACCGGCCCCCUCCGUGGCAGGGUCACCGGCGGCGGCCGACCCCGCUGCGGCCAAGGACCGAGACAAAGAAAAAGAGAAGGCGAGGAAGCAGAAGAAGAUGAAAGAGAAGAAGGCGGUCAAGGUGCAGACUAGGUCGGGCAGGGUCUCCAGACCGCCCAAGUACAAGGCCAAAGACUACAAGUUCAUCAAGACCGAGGACCUGGCCGAGAGCCACCAGUCCGACUCCGACGACUACUCGGACAUGAGCAUGGAGGACGAGGACAGGAAGGACGCCGCCAGAGACACUGACGCCACGCUGGCCUACAGCCACAAGUCCAGGUCCCACCCGUGCCAGACCUGCGACAAGGCCUACAUCGGACCGGGAGGACUCAACCGCCACUACAAGCUCAACCCCACCCACGGCGAGCCUGUGCCGGUCUGCGAAGCGCCGCUGCCGCAGACAUGCGGCGGCGACGGCGACGACGACGACGACCGAUCGCAAACGAUCGCCCCUGAGCCCGCAGACGCGACCGUGAUGGAUGUCGCCAAGGAAGAGGAAACGGAGGGAAAACCUGCUGCCAUGGAAUCGGGCCCGGCGCUCGGUGGAGGAUUUCGGGGCGUCCACCAUCGAGGUCCCGGCAGGCCCCGCGGCAGAGGGCGAGGGAGGGGGCGUGGCCGUGGCCGGUCCCUGGGAUUGCCUUCCAAGUUCCUUCAGGUGUCGGGCGGCCUCAUGGGCCGGCGGGGGCGCCGCGGACGGCCGCCGAAGGUGCCGGGUGGCGGCGUGGUGAGCGGCGACCAACAGCUGGAGAGGAGACGGGAGCGACUGCAGGAGCUGGUGGAUCAAUGUGAGGAUGAGGAGCUGAUGGACAUUGUUCUGCCUCGUCUCACCAAAGUUUUAAGUGUUUGGGAGAUGCUGCUGGCCAAGGUGGAGCGCACCGGCCCGCCUCGUACUCUCUUUCCAGAUAUUUACCGCGAGUUCGAGUCGCUGCAGGCGCAAGUCAGACAGGCUGCGCACGAUUACAUCAUCACGCCACUAGGAGGAGCCACACCCCUGGAAGUCAGGAACAUUGAGGUGGCGCGGUCUCUUGGCAUCCUUGACGAGGUGAACCGGAUGAGGGUCGUCCCCGGCGCUUCGCCGGCGUCCGGCGUGAGCAACAAGAGUAGUCGUUACAUGGAGAACUCCAAGAUGCUGCCUCCGUCCAAGCGCUUCAAGAUGGAGAACAGCGUUCCCCUGCAGCACAACGGCAUCGAGCGAGCGGCCGCGGUCUCCGCCGCGACCUCCGUGACGCCGACGUCGACGCCCUGCGCCGCCUCCGCGACGCCGAUUCCCGGUGAAGCCAAACCCCUCACUGGCCCCGCCCAGCCCCCGCCAGCCGCCACCCCCACGGAGGUGACCGCAGCCGAGCGGCGGGAGGCGGAGGCGGGGGCCCCCCCGGCGCGGGACGAGCGGCGCAAGGAGCCCGAGAAGCUUCCGGACACGUGUCUGGUCCAGGAGGGCCAGGAGAUCUACAUCGAGACGGACGGCCUGAGCGACGCGGACGGCAUCGUCAUCGUCAACGGGCCGGACGGGACCACCAUGCACAUCCAAACCCCGCAGGGGGUCCCCCUGGAGGCGGUCCAGGCCCUCCUGGGAAUCGAGGCGGCCGACCCCGGCAGAGCCAGCUGAACUUUUGGGAGGGUUCUGGACUUUGGAAUGGAAGGUUUUGGAACAAAAGUCUGUGAUUGGUCAGUCACCUGAAUGUGUUCCUAAAGGUCCUCCGACAAAAGGGCGGCAGACUUUGUCACGGAACCUUCCGGACACCUCGGGCCGAAUCGCGGACUGCGGGCUCCAGAACGGUAUUGAAAAGGGCCCGUCGCGGAUGGAGUUCAUCACGGAACCUUCAGAGGAGGUCCGGUGACUAAGUCGGCCAUCUUGCUGGCUUGCUUCCGGAAGCUUCUGUGACAAAUUUGCAGACUCGGUUGGGGGAACCUUGGGGCGCUCUCCGUUUAGGUUCUAUUUAUUUCGUUGGUCCGG